AUGUUUACCACAUUCGUUGAAGUUUGGGCGACUCCGCUCUUGUUCUUCUCGAUGACAUUUACCUUAAUGUUGAUGUGUUUACCUACAAGGCAUCAUCCAUCAAACACUGAGAAGAAGCGAGUUGUCGUGUUGGUGUUAGGGGAUAUUGGCCGGAGUCCAAGGAUGCAGCAUCAUUGCUUGUCGUUGGCAAGGAAAGGAGCUAUAGUGGAUCUUGUGGGAUAUGAAGAAUCACUUCCUCGUCCUGAGCUACUCGGAAAUACUAAUAUACACAGAUACCCUCUUCCGGUGCCUCCAAAGUUAUUCAACACUUCUACACCGCUUACAUUCGUCAUUUUUGCACCUUUCAAGGCAUUCUUUCAGUUCACCUCAUUGCUUUACUGCCUUCUUUACGUAAUCCCGCCAUCAGCAGGCUAUAUUCUUCUACAAAACCCACCGGCCAUACCUACUCUCAUUGUCACUCAGUUCGUUAGCAAGCUGAGAAUGCAGAAGGUUGUUAUUGAUUGGCACAAUUUUGGAUGGAGUAUUUUGAUGAUGAAGCUCAACGAGCAUCCUAUUGUGUGGUUCUGCAAAUUUUACGAGAAAGUCUUUGGAAGGGCCGCAUACGCCAAUUUUGCAGUUACAAAUGCUAUGGCAAAGGUUUUAAAAGAUGAUAUGGGAAUCAAAGCUCCCAUCAGAACUUUCAACUAA